CUUGCGCGGGUAGCGGGGCGGUAUGUUUUUGCACGAGUUUCCUUGAAGUUCACUUUUUUAUCAACGCGUUUUUGUCUCUCUCACGCUAAAACCGGUGUGCAAAUCUACACAAAAAUAAUGUUAAACAACCUCUAAAGCGUGCUGUGACGACAAAACUAUCAUAAAAGUGUUAAAUCAAGAGAUAUUUCGAAAAAGGAAACAUAACAAAUUGAGACGAGCUAUUGUUAUCAACGAGCGAAUUAAUAUAAUUGAGCCAAAAUGUCUCUCUGGGCAAGAGCUCAGCAGUUACCCCCUGAAAGUCUUCAGAAGGUCCGGACAAUCUAUGGGGAUCAUUUCCCCAUAGAAGUGCGCCAUUGCUUGGCGCCAUGGAUUGAGAGCAGAAUAUGGACUGCAGAGCCAGAAGAGCAGCAGCGAUUCUUCGUAGACGAGCUGGUGCAGGAGAUACAAGCUCACGCCGACCUGAUGCUGUCUCCCGACAUGUUCGUCACCAAGAUGAAACUCCUGGAUGCAGCCAAGAACUUCCAUAUGCAGUACAGCCACGCACCCCACGAACUGUAUGCCUACAUGCGACGCUCCUUAGCUCUGGAGAUGGAUGUGAUUCAAAACGCUAUGGGCACACCAUAUGUAGCCCAGCCGCAAACCGAGAGAAAAUAUAGUGAGCUCAUCACGGGUUUACAAACGGUCAGACAGAAAGUGAACAUGGUCGGUGAAGAGAUCAGAAGCCUGCAAGCCAAUAUCGAGUCCUUCUCGCUGCAGUACCAUGAGUGCUUGAAGAAUAAAGGCCACAUGAACUACCUACAACAGUCUAUGACGAAUGAGCGCCGCGACUUAGUCGCCUGUCUGCGCGUGCAAAUCGAAGAGACGGAGAGAAAACUCAAUGCGUUGGUGGCUCAAAUCAGCCAAUCCCAGAUGGAGCUGGUAGACCACAUGAAGGAGAACAUUGCUAACUUGCGUCAGCUGCAGAGCCAGGUCUUGGAUGAAGAGCUUAUCAAAUGGAAACGCGAACAACAACUUAGCGGCAACGGCGUACCCAUGCAGUCCAACUUAAACACCAUACAAGAAUGGUGCGAACUGCUAGCCGACCUGAUCUGGACGAGUCGGCAGCAAGUGAACAAUGUCGCCCGCAUCAAUACUAAGACUAUCGUGGAGUUGCGACAGCCGCAUCUCGCUGAGAUGCUCGACGAGAUGAGCAAGCAGGUUACCGGAUUGCUGUCCACUCUGGUUACUUCUACCUUCGUGAUCGAGAAGCAACCGCCGCAGGUUAUGAAGACCAACACACGCUUCACGGCUACGGUCCGUUUGCUGGUUGGGGGUCAGCUGAACGUUUACAUGACGCCUCCUCGAGUCAGCGUCGUAAUAAUAUCCGAACAACAAGCCCAGCUUCUCCUAAAAAGUGAGACCCAAGCCGGCAAGGGCAAGCAGCCUGUUGAAUGUGGUGAUAUUCUCAACAACACCGGCACUAUGGAGUACCAGCCGACCAGCCGCCAGCUCAGCGUGAGCUUCCGUAACAUGCAACUGCGUAAGAUCAAACGUGCCGAAAAGAAAGGCACUGAAAGCGUGAUGGAUGAGAAGCUUACUCUGCUCUUCCAAUCUCAGUUCAACGUUGGAGGAGGAGAACUGGUGUUCCAAGUAUGGACCCUCUCGCUACCCGUGGUGGUGAUAGUCCACGGCAACCAGGAGCCCCACGGCUGGGCCACAGUCACCUGGGAUAACGCCUUCAGCCCACCGGGACGAGUGCCCUUCGCCGUGCCUGAUAAGGUCACUUGGGGUCAACUGGCCGAGACUCUGCGUAUCAAAUUCUGCUCAGCCACUGGAGGUGACCUCUCGGAGGAUAACUUGAGAUUCCUCGCUGAGAAAAUAUUCAGUAUCUGCGCCGUCCCCAGGACUGGUCUGCCUCUCAACACCAUGGAGCUGAACGCCAUGCCCGUCUCCUGGACGCAGUUCUGCAAGGAUGCUCUCCCGGAGCGCAACUUUACGUUCUGGGAGUGGUUCUAUAUGGUCGUGAAGGUGACGAGGGAUUACUUGAGGACGCUUUGGUGUGAUCAUCUAAUCAUGGGCUUCAUCCAAAAGAAGCAAGCCGAAGAGAUGCUGUCCAAGUGUCCUGCCGGCACUUUCUUACUGCGCUUCUCAGACUCGGAGCUGGGCGGCAUCACCAUAGCUUGGGUCGGCGAGGGCAACGAAGUAUUCAGCUUACAACCCUUUACGUCCCGCGAUCUCAUGCUGCGCUCGCUCGCCGACAGAGUACUGGACCUCACACAGCUGCAAUUCCUGUACCCGAAUAUCGCCAAAGACGAUGUGUUCUCCAAAUAUUAUACUAAGCCUGAAAACGAAAUGCUAAAGAACGGCUACGUGAAACCUGUGCUCGUAACGACUCUGCCGCCGUACAUGUCAUCGUCGCCGGCGUACGCGCACUCGCCGGACUCGCACCGCAACACGCCCAGCGUGCAGAGCAGGUACAUGAUUGAUUUUUGAAAAUUAUUUUUAAUUUUCUUUUGGAUGCCGAACUGAAGUGAAAACUAAUUAGUAUUAAUAAUUUUUAGUUUUUACGUUUUUUUUACAUAAAUAUAUAUUUUAAUAAUUUUAUAUAAUAGUCACAUCCUGUUUUUAUACGCUAUAUAUAUUUUUUAUUACUUUUAAGAUUUUUUUACGCAAUUUCUUUUUUUUUUUGUAAUAAAAAUAUAAUUUUAGCUUAAUUUAAGCAUAGGUUUAUUUUUAAGACAGUCCCAAUUUUUUUCCAGUUUUUGGUUUUUGGUUUUAGGCCUCAAAAAUUUUUAUUCCUUAAACUGUUCACGUCAAUUAAUUUUGCAUAUCUAAAAUUAGCCAUUUGACUUGCCCAUUUAUUCGUACAGGUAUUGUCAAGAAGCUUUGCUUGUCCGAAGUUGGCUACUAUUGACUUUUCAGUAGUCAAAAAUAUAUUUAAUACAGCACGCACAAAUGACUAACUUCAGAAUUGCAAAGUUGAUUGGUGCGAACUUGUUAACUUGAAUGUAACUUUGUAGAUGUUCUAUCUCACGAAAGCGAGUGAGCCAUACUUGUGUGUGUAAACGUAUUUGUAUGACCGAAAUUGCUUUGUGGGUUUAAGAAACUUUCACAAAGCAGCCCGUAGUCUUAAGUGUUCAGUUUGUCACGUUGCUGUCGGACCUGCGUAUAUCUCUCUCCGGUGGUGUCGGAUUGUCGUCCCAUCGCGCCAUGAGAGUGAAGGAAUAGUGAGUGCACCUGUGUCCAAGCAAAUGUGCCUGCACUAUAAUAUGUCCUGCGCAGCUGACUGAUCUCCUUAUAUGAGCUGCCGUGGCCGAAAUUUGUAUGAUUACAGAGCGCGAGCGAGCGCGUAGUAACACAAUUAGCAUGUACAUUUACAGACACUAGUAUGGGUUAACCCGCUUUCGUGAAAAUUCAUUAAAUAAUUAGGUAUUUUCUUUUAUAGCUGCGGAACCACGAUUCUUCAACUGUAAUUUGGAGUUAAUUUUUACUAGUUAAAAUAUUAAACCAUGACUUUCUGUUAGGCUAGGUGCAAUGUUUUUAAAUCUUAAAUUGAAAAUUAGAAAAAAAAACUUUUUGUUUUAAAUUUUGGAUCUCAAUUUUUUAUAAAAAUAUAAAAAUAAUAUUGAGGUGGGUGUGAAAAAGUGUCAAAAAAUGUUUCUACAGUGUGGCGAAAUAUUUUAUUUGAGUUUUAUUUUUUAUAUGAUAUAAAUGGUGUUAAUGUGGUUUAUAAAUUACAAAAAACAAAGUAGAAAGGUUUUCAAUUUAUUUUUUAUUUUUUUAUAUCAUCAAUGACAUAUUUUUUACAAAUAAACAUAUCUUUUUUUUUACAAAAUUUUCUUACUGAAAAAAAAAUAUUUUCAAUCACACUGUAAAUAUUAGUUCCUAGUCUCGCAUUCUGUGUGUAAGCGUGAAGAUUUUGAAAAAAAAUUGUGAUCCAAAAUGAAUGUGCGAUUGGCACAAAAAUCUACAGUAUUAAAAAUUCGAUAUAUAGUUUAUAAUAAGUAUUGGCAUUUAUUUGUAAAUUAAUUAUUAUCUAAUUAAGUGCUUCGUCUGUAUCAGUAUUCCCUUUUUUAACCAACUUCCCGAAAAGGAGGUGGUUUAUUAUGUAAGUUUGAUUGACGGAAUCUGUAAUUUUUGUUAGUAAUAAAAAGAAAAAAUAACGUGAGAAAAAAAAGAAAAAUAAACAGAUUUUUUUCUAAAAAAAAAACAGAAAUUAUUGAUUUCGUCCAAUCAUUUUUUUCUCGUUAAUAUUAUAACUAUGCCAAAAUAUAAACUACGAUCAAGUUAUCUCUUAACUACCCACAAACAUUAAUUUGGCAUUUAAAAAAAUAAAAAUAAAAACAUAUCAUAUGUUUUCGACCAAAGCACAAAAGUGAGGUUCAGGGUUUAAAAACUAAUUUUCAAAAAUCUCAAAAAACACAACAUCUCAUUUUUGAAAAACUUAAAAAAACUGUAUUUUACUCCUUUUUUUUACAAAAAACUAGAUCUUGUUGGCUAUUAGAUGCACAGCGCAUUUUUGAAAAUCAAAUUGAAAAAAAUCGGCCUAUUGGUUUACAGUAUUUACUAAGGAUGAUUUUUUAUAUAUUUAUUAAACUAAAGUUUAAUAUUUUUAUUGUUACUAUCUCACUUAUAUUUAUCUAUAUUAUAUAUUAAAUAGUUAUUUAUCUAUACUAAAAUCUAUUAUAUUGGCUUUAAUUAUAUUUCAAAAUUUAUUAUAAAAAAUACAUUGUUAUACGAAAAUCAAUUAGAAAUUGUCUAUGACAUUCUUGAGCUUCAGAAAAAAAACUUUCAAGACUUAGUCUGAUAUUUUAGAUUUUUGUAAAUUGUGCGAAACACAAGUAAAAAAAACAUUUGACUGUUUAAAAAAAACCGAAUUAUAAUAAAAAUAAAUAUUCCGUCGAAAUAAACAGUGAAAAAAAACAUUGUAUACUGUUUUUUCAAAUUAUUUAAACGAAAUACUUACUACAAUUAUGAAUAUCAUUAACUAACUAAUAAAUAAAUAGGUAAAAAUAAAAUAGAUAAACACGCUUUUAUAAAAAUUCAAAGUUCAUUACAAGACCUUUCUAACAAGUCCAAACACAGCUAUGAUACGAUGUUUCAUCAUGAAGUGCCAAUUCAUAUCUUCCGGCUCCAUCAUCAGAUCAGUUCGACAGUACCAUAUUAUUGUAUUGUCAUCAGAACUACAUAUAGCUGUCAAUUUUCAUGACGCUACGAUCCUUGGAAGAUGGUUUUAGUUACCUUAGAUUCCAUUACAUAGUUACAUACAGGUCGACUUAAUAAAAGCGUGUUAAAAAUAAUUUCGUCCCUAAAAUAAUAAUUAUCACAUACAUAUUUACGAUUUUAAAAGGCCACAAUGUCAAUGAAUAACCGUCCUUCUCAACGUAUUAUUUUUAAAAUUUUAAAACAUUCUUAUUCCUAUUAUAUUUAAAUAAAAAUAUGUAUUUAUAUUCUCAAAAAACGACUGAUAUUUCCAUUAAAAUUCUAUCCCUCUUCUAUAUUUAGCGUUCUGUUGGUUAUUGAUCGUGCGUCUGUUGCGAUUUUGUCGUACGAUAUUUAAAAGCUACAAUAAAAUAUUUAAGUAAAGCAAUUUGGUAAAAAAACCUGUUUUUUUUUUGCCAAAAAUAUUUUUUUACUAGGUAUUUGAAAUUGGUAUUAAUAAUUUAAUUGCAAAAAAAAAACAUUUUUAACACAAAAAAAUACGUGUGGCACUCGGGGACUGCCGCGGUAAAGCUAUUGCAUAGCAUUCUGUAUCAACUUAUGCAAUUAUAAUUAUUUAUUUUUUAUUUUAUUCAUACAGUAUUUUUUUUUCUUUAAAUACUAUAUAAAUAACUAUCUCGUCUCGAUUCGAUAAAUACUUAUACACCUAUAUACUUUCUCACAAACAGCUGAUUAUGUAUUCGUCCGAUUUCGGAGCAGCUCGUCUCGAUUCGGGCGAGUUCCGUAAAGUCGUACAAUACGUCUAAUCGCACGACACACAGCGCCGUGUCGAAGACUGCCGAACUGACACGACGUUAGACGAUGCACGGCCUUCAAGCCACACCUCCGUGCCCGUCGGAGUGGGGAGCGUGAGGUUUUUUCGUUACGGAAUUUCUGGAUUUGGUCCCCGCGCUCAAGGCCUGCGAUAGAAGCUAUGCAAUAGCUUAAUAAGCAAUGCUUUCGUAUAUCUUUUUAUCGUGUUCGCAGCACGUUUUUUUUUGUGGUGGGGAACCAUCAAAUGACGCCCCCCGCUGUGGGUGCAGCGGGAGGGAGUGUCAGACUUUUACUGAGUAAAAUCCACCAUGUUCCUUUUGAAGCCCUUUGUGUACUAGCGCCGCGGUAACUCGCGCGAACAAUCCGGCACUCGAUAAGUUCGUAGCAAGAACGUAACUGCAUAUAAAAUAAUUUUACCUCUAUCUGUCGAUAAAAUCGCAAAUGAUUCUAUAUCGAUCAAUACUCAAUCGGAAUAUAAUAUAAGGCCUCUCGAAGAAUUUUCAACUCGAUUUAACCCGUUGAUCGAUCUUCGAUAAUAAUCGAUAUUUUAAAAGUAUUUAUUCGCCUAUUUGGGUCCAGGUUGUUGCAUUUUAAAUAUAUCCUUUUUUUCUAGAAAAUAAUUUCUCUUUAUUUUUAGGUUUUUUAAAUAAAUGUAAAAAAAAUACUUAAAAUCGAUUUUUUUCGGGAAAUGUGGGAAAAAUGAGUUUUUUUUUUUUUGGUAAUUUUUGUCACGUUUUCCCUAAGUUAAGUUAGGUCUCGAUUUUUUUACUUAAAAUCAUACUUAUUUUGAUUAAUUUAAAAUAUUGUUCAUGAUGAAUUUAUUGAAUUAACAAAAAUAAUUUUAUCUCUAUUUUCUUUGUAUAAAUUCGGUGCUAAUUUUAAAUUAAUCUUUUUUUUUAAUUAAUUAUAAUUUUAAGUAAGUACAGUUUUAUUGAACAUGACAUUUAAAAUAAGUUUAUUUUUAAGUUAUUUUUUUUUAAUAGUUCGGAUAUUGCAAGAGCGUUUCAGAAUUUAAUACAUAUCUUUUUUUAUUUGGCAUAAAUAAUUACCGAGUAUGAAUAGCUGUAUUAAAAUUAUUCCGUGGUAUUUAACUCUACAAACAAUUUUAUACAAAUCUUGGUUAAAAAGUUAGGUAAAUUACUUAGUUGAUGUCCUAAUAAAUAAAUAAUAACUAAUAAAACAUCUUAAACAAAAUAAACUUUGCUUUAAAGCAAUCCCGUAACGAGUAUGAAUGUGAAACGUCAAAGUUGGCGCGCUUUUUCCAUUUUUGACAUCUGUCAUUUAAAUGUCAAGCUACCAAAUACGAUUAGGUUAGGUUUUAUUGAAUGUUGUAUUUAUAAGUAUUACUAAAUCGGUCAAUUAAAUUAAUUAAAAAAAAACAUGAAAUUACUCUGACAAGGCUGAAGGAAUUUUUGAAAGAAAAAAAAAUCAUAAAAAAAAUAAUGUUUUAAUUUUUAUUUUCGAAAAGUCCUUCGGUUUUCGUGUCGGUGUAUUGAUUUUCUGAUUGGUUAAAUAGUUAAUAAAAUUAACGAAUUUAUGUGAAAAAAAAAUAUCUUAUAUGGGUGUGACUAUUAUUCCUAGUUAGGCGUAAUUUGAUAGGUAAUCAAAAACUAAAAAAUGUCUGCUCCACACAGGUUUAUUCAGUAUGGUCACUGUUCGAUUGACUUUUUUUCUUUUAUUACAAAAAAAAAUCUUAAAACUGAAAAUUCUUAUAUUUGUAUUUUUUUUUUAAUUCUGAUCGCUCAUUUUAAAAUUAGUUUUCGGAAAUAUUUAAGAAAAUGGGCUCAAAAUUUUCACCUUUUUAUUUGUGGAGCUAGACAACCCAACUUUGGUUAGUCAAAACUUUACAGUUUCUUUUUUGUUUUUUUCCAAAAUUGCCUUUAUCGAAAGAUUUUUCAGUUUGUGUGACAGUAAGAUUUUAUUUUAUAUAAAUUAAAUCUCGCUUUUCGGUCACUUUUUAUUCGUUGUUGAGAAUUUUAGAAAAAAAUGUAAAAAAAAAGUUUUGACGGACCAAAGUGAUUUUUUAUCAUUACAUGAGAUUGUUAUAACGUUGAACGCAUGUAUGUAUGUUUUGAAUUCGAUGUAUUUGUAAUAUUAUAUGUGACAAAAAAUUA